UCUAGUAGUUGUUUCUUGGUCAGUGGACUUUUAAACUUUUGUAGGCCAGGGGUCAAUCAGCCACUUGUGCAGUUGCUGACCGUGAAGUGCCGUGUGGAGUCCAAUCCUGUCGAGUCUGGGCCCGUGAAUGUCUUUUUCCAGCUGAAUCACCAUGGAUCCCUAUGCGGCUGUUCAUCCGCCCCAGCAGGGCCAAACUGGCGGUUCCAUCGAACCUCCUAGCACGGCUACGGUCAUACCGGCUGCAAUGGAAGAGCCCGUACCGGUAUCGUCCCACUCAUCUACGGUCAAGAUGAAGAAGAAACGGAAAGCCUCAUCUCGAGCUCGAUUGAGUCCGUGUUCAUCGAGUCCACUGUUAGUGUCUCAUCCGGAGCCGAUUCCCAAUUCGAAGACAUCCCCAUCCGAUUUGGCUGGNGAACCGGUCUCCUCUUCAGCAACUUUGAAAGGAAGCCGUAAAAAAGAUGGCGAACAUUCCGGUCGAGACAAUGUCACGAAAGAUGGUUUCGCCAAACCCUUGAGCUCAAUCAGCCGUCAGAUGUCCAACACAUCAACCUCGGAAUCGGUGCAAUUUGAGAUUGGCUCCAUGACCCCUGCCAAUUCCACCUUGAAAAUGAAUCGUCAUACUUCAAAUAUUGACAUUACGCUCUCCUGUCCAGAUGGUUCUGAGGAGCAAGCUCAAGCUAAGGCAUUGGAAGAAGUUCCAGAAUCGAUGCGAUCGGAUUUGAAUGAAACGGAAAGUGGUUCCUUUUCGGGGUUGUGCCCGGCUCAAACUCGUAUUGAAGACCGUCGCAAGAAAACUUUCAGUCAGAAGAAGCCAUGGUUCAGUGCGAUUAAUCCCAAUUAUAAGUCCCGGUCUCAGACCUUCAAGAAGAUCUUCUCAAAGAUCCCCACCAACGAACGACUCAUCGUGGAGUACUCGUGUGCGUUACAAAAGGACAUUCUGAUCCAAGGGAGGAUCUACUUCACAUCCAAUUACUUGUGCUUCUAUGCCAAUAUCUUCACUUGGGAGACAUCCGUUGUACUCAGAUGGAAUGAGAUCGCCGGCAUUACCAAAGAAAAAACUGCUUUGGUCAUUCCCAAUGCCAUUCAGUUCAACACCACCACCAAAGACAAAUUUUUUUUCGCCUCAUUCACAUCCAGAGAUAAGACCUUCAACACAGCCAUGAAGAUCUGGCAAAACUGCAUGCUCGAAGAGUUUUCGAGCACUAAAAUGUGGCAGCUCAUCCAUGAAUCAUACGGAGAUGAACUUGGACUGACCACAGAGGACGAGGAUGAUUAUCUUUGCCCUCUGGAAGACGAUGAAAUGGGCAUGGACACUUCGCCAGGUGGAACCACUGGAGGAACGGGAGGUCCAUCAUCGCUCUCAUCCAAUGUAUCGAGUAAGGAGGGAUUCUGGAGUCGCCGAGGGAUCAAAGGAAUAAACCGUGAGAAUUCUCGAGGAUCAGAAUACAACGAUCCCAGUCAAUCCUCAGCGGAAACCGGCACUGAUCCCCUGCCCACUCUCACCAACCACGCCUCAUCCUCCUCUCCCAAUGUUCCUGUCCUUGAAGGCUCCAAGUCCACUUCAGGAUUCUCGUUUGGUCGACGGAAAAAGAAGAAGAGUUCCACUUUAAGAGCAUCGGAACAGAACGGAGACUUGGGAGCGUCCAGCAGAGGAGGAGGGGUAGGUGGGAGUGUUCCAGGUACCGAUUUGUCUUGCGACUCUGAUGAGGAUGGAGACGACGAUGGUGAGGUUGCCAGCGAUGAUAUGGCCUUAUGCAAUCCGAGCAAUCGAAAACGACGGGAACGUGUGAAUAGAAACACACAAAGGCUGUUUGAGGAGUGGCAGGCUGCUCAAGAGGGUCGAGAAAUGACCAACCAGGUCUACAACAUGGAUGUGGACAUGCUCUUCACGUUCCUAUUCACCAACUCGAAAUUUUACGCGGACUUUCACAAAUCCAGGAAGACUACAGAUCUCGUGCAAAGUCAGUGGGAACAACGCCCAGGACUGAACGAUAAAUUUCGGGAAGUCUCCAUGACAUUGUCAUUGAACAACGCAAUGGGCCCCAAGAAUUCCGGAGUGGUGGACUCACAGGUGAUGAAGAAUGACUAUACGGUAGCGGGCGAGAUCUAUGCCAUCCAUGUGGAGACGGUAAACAGUGGCAUUCCCUACGCGGAUUCAUUCUUUGUGACCUCGCAUUUUUGUCUCACGCGAGUUUCCAAGGAAACUUCACGACUCGUGGUCUGGUCCAAUAUCAAAUAUAAGAAGUCGGUCUGGGGAUUCGUCAAAUCAAUCAUUGAGAAGAACACUUGGCUUGGCCUUGAGGAGUUCUAUAAUGAACUCUCAAGGGAUCUUAAGAUUGGAGCAGCUCAACUGGCCGCGGAGUGCGAGGUUCCAAGUUCCUUGGGUGGUCCAUUAGGUGCCAGUCCAGUUAAUCUCAAACCCACCCAUGCCAUCCCUGGUCUCCCGGAAGCUGGAGAACCUAUCUUGAGCCAAGGAAUGCCCUUGCCAUACACCUCGAUUCGGACUCUCCAACCCAAUGAAGCCCUCAGGAGCCCUAAAUCGACGGCUCCCGAGCUCCAAAACGUCUCCAAAGCGGCUGUGAUACUCCUGAUAUUGUUGCUAAGCGCCAAUUGCCUUCUCUACUACAAGGUCUGGUUCCUGGAAACCACUCUAGUGGUCGAUCCGAGUCAUUCAGAGUCCAACUCGCAUCGUGGUAACGGGCCGUCCUCUUUCUACAAACACCUGGAUCCAUCGCUCUUCUUGGACAAAGAUCCCGACUCCCAAACCACGGAACAGUGGCUGGGAAUCCUACAACAGCAAGAAAUGGUCCACCAACUGGAACUCGAAAAAUGGGGCGAAAUGCUGGGAGCCGCCACCGAACUUCUCAGAAAAACUGAGGAUUCUUUGUCAAACAUUCAGAAGAGCAUCCAGCCUCUCACCCUUCAGAAGGUUCGGCAAAUGUUACUUCUCCAACCGAAUGAGCGAUUUAGAUCCACGACGAUUGCACCGCCAAUUGAGAGGGAACCGCCCCCACCAGAACGAGUCGACGAACGUCCUCAAGUGAAGAAGCCGUCAGAAGUGCACCAACCACACCCUCAUGUCAAGAGCGAAUUGUGAUACUAGAUACCAUUGAGAUGGUUACCAAUAUUAUUGAUUAUAUUUACGUACACGUCUAUCAAUUCCUGUAGAAGGAACUCGAUCCAACAUUUGGAAAUUUGGAACGAAUGGUCUUGUUGUCAGCGCAGAGUCAGUUAAACGAGAGAAACGCAAUCAUUCGGCAUUUAUGUGCAGUAACGUGUGAUCUAUUGAAGCAACAGCCAUCUUACUCAUAACUGCUAUUUACAUACGAUAAGCUUCUGUGCACUUACCCAACGAUCCCCCCUGCCUCUGGCUGGGAUUUACCUCUUCCAUUGGUUAUCCACUACUUUUUAUUACCACACAACCUGACCUUGACUAAGUAAAAGACCGAAAUAAAAGAGAUGCGUAUACCAUGGCA